UAUCAGUUCAGUCACACCAAAGAAGAAAAAUCGAAGACGCGUGAGGGCUGCGACUCGCUCGCCAAACGUUACAGGAAGGAGCAGCAACUCUAAUGGAUGUCACUAAAGCAGCUAAAGGGGAGCCGGGAUUGCAGACUCCUGCCGGGCAGAUGGACAAACCUGUGAACUAUCAUGCGUUGGAAAGUAUGCUUCCCAAAGCGGUGAAGAGGCGAGUGCAUGCCUUGAAAAGGCUUCAGGUGCAGUCUGCCCACAUUGAAGCCAAAUUUUACGAGGAGGUCCAUGAACUGGAGAGGAAGUAUGCUGACAUCUAUCGACCAUUAUAUGACAAGCGAAGAGAUUUUAUCACGGGUACAGUGGAACCCACAGAUGCUGAAUGUGAGUGGAGCAGUGACAAAGAUGAGGACGAGGAGCUAACUGAGCAGGUAAAGAAAAAAUUAGCUCUCGAGCCUGCCAAGAAGGAAGAUGCUGCACCAGUGGAAGACCCAAAAGGCAUCCCGGACUUCUGGCUCACCAUAUUCAGGAACGCAGACAUGCUCACUGACAUGAUACAAGAACACGACGAGCCCAUCCUCAAGCACCUGAAAGAUAUUCAAGUCAAGUUUUCUGAGCCAGGACAGCCCAUGAGUUUUACACUAGAGUUCCACUUUGAGCCCAACAGCUACUUUGCCAAUGCAGUCCUCACUAAAGUCUACAAAAUGAAGUGUGAGCCUGAUGCUUCAGAGCCUUUCUCAUUCGAGGGCCCAGAGAUCAUCGACUGUGGCGGCUGCGUGAUAGAUUGGCACAAGGGAAAGGAUGUGACUGUAAAAACGAUCAAGAAGAAGCAGAAGCACAAAGGUCGUGGCACUGUCCGUACAGUCACCAAACAGGUUACCAACCUGUCCUUUUUCAACUUCUUCAACCCCGUCAAAGGUUCACCAGAUGAUGAAAUGGACGAGGACUCUGAACUAGCUUUUGACUUUGAGAUUGGUCAUUUGUUCCGUGAGAGAAUAAUUCCCAGAGCAGUGCUGUAUUUCACUGGAGAGGCAAUGGAAGAUGAUGAGAGCUUUGAUGAGGAACUAGAAGAAGGCGAUGAGGAGCAAGAUGAUGAGGGUGACGACGACGAUGACGACGACGACGACGACGAUGACGACGACGACUUUGACCCGAAGGCCUAAUCAGUCAUGCAUUUCUAGAAAGUAGUACCCGCCCAGCCUGCUGAAUGCAAGCAGCAGUAACCACGGUGACCAGUGGACACAGAUCAGCAAGUGCUCCUCUUGCAGCCCCCAUCGUCCUUCUGCCUCUCUUCUAUGAACGGUCAUCUGAACGCAAUGGGAUACAAACCAAACUUUUUGCUAUGUGCAUGACUCCCCCCCCCCUUUACCCACGUUGUCCUCCUAUGUUUGGCCUCUUGUCACCCUCUAAACAGGGAAGUGUCCUCGCCCUUGCCAUCUUUUAGUAGGAUGGAGUUUAGUGGAUUACUGCCAGAAAUCUCAGCACGUCAUAAGAAAAAAAGAACAAACUUGAGUUGUCAUGAAUCUGUUACUCAGGGUUUUUAUUUUUUUUUUAAAUUUUUUUAGGGGGGCGGUUAAAUCAACGUAAUUUCAGAAUUUGUCUGAUGAACUAAGUUGACUUUUGCCUGGGCUUUGGAGGCUUCCCCCCGUCCCCCCUUUUGUUACAAUGCAUAACUAAUUUAGUUUUGUUUUCAUACUCGUGCUUGCCGUUGAAUUAUUUAUUGUGGUGUCUUGCAGCGGUAUGCAUUUCAGCAACCCACGUUGCGGAGGCUAACCUCAUUAAAGAAACGACAAACUGCCAUGCCCUGAUUUUAAACCUCAAAUCGUUGUGGGGUAGUUGAUUUAAACAAGCAUUUAAACGUAACGUGAGCACUUGAACGAACAACACUUCUUGACCUUCCCGUUAUGUGACCGCAUUUCGUUUUGUUUUUGGGUGUUUUCUGCUCCAAAUUGAAUGUUCUCUCUCUGACUUGUUUGCCCACUUACACAUUGUAAUCAACAUUUAAAGUUGAUCAAAUAUAUUUUGUUAUUGUAUAUGGGUUUGUUAUUGAACAUUUUGUUGAAAACAUGUUGCCAAUGUAUUUUGUACUACCAUUUAAAUUGAAUUUAUUUGGUGUGGAUUCCACCGUUGGCUGGUCAUCAGAAGCAGUAAACCAAUCGGCCGCUUCUCUCUCGAUCGUAUUGAGCCGGUCGCUUGCAGCUGAGCCGUGGUUGUCAUCCUCAAAUGUCUCACACGGCGUCCUGUGCUUACAAAUGGCCUUAACGUAACUUGGCUUACUCUCUUCAAUUUGUACAGAGUUAAGAUAUUCUAUUAAAGUUGUGCACAGUUGAAAAGUUGUUUCUGUUCUUUU